AUGACACAGGGAUACCUACCCUCAUCAAUUACCAAGCUGAUCAUUGGAAAGUAUGAUCAUGCGCUUGAGCCAGGCUCACUGUCACCAUCAAUCACAGAGCUGAAGGCCAAGUACCUCAGUCACAAGCUCCAACCAGAUGUCUUGCCGCCAUCAAUCACGACACUCACUCUGGGAUCAUGUCUGAAGAAGAUCCAACCUCACACUCUACCAUCAUCACUCAUCUCAUUAACAAUAGAGGCCACUACAUUUGGUGACCCAGAUGCCACACCCUUUGUCCCAGGCUCACUUCCAGACUCACUCCAGACACUCAUCCUCUCCGAUGACUUUAAUCAAAGUUUGAAAGCAGGUAUACUUCCAAUGUCACUCACAGUCCUUCACUUUGGUGAUCGAUAUAAUCAUCCACUUCCACCUGGCAUCCUUCCAUCUUCGCUCAAGAUACUCAAGUUUAUUGGCCUCUUCAAUCAAUCACUCGCCCCGGGAUCGUUGCCCAGUUCAUUGAACACACUUGAGCUGGGCAAUUGUUUCAAUCUACCACUGGUCCGGGGAUCCAUACCCGACUCACUCACCAAGUUGACCUUUGGAAAUCUGUUCAAUCACCCCAUACCAGACCAUGUCCUCCCAUUAUCCAUCACGUCACUCAAAUUCGGAAAAUACUACCGCUGGUCAUUCACCAAAGGUUCUUUGCCAAGCUUACUUAGGUCAUUAACUUUAGGAUACAUUUACAGUAACAUACUUGCACCUGGCUCACUGCCCACAACACUGGAUACAUUGAUACUGAAUAGUACUCCAUUCGAAUCAUUGGCACCCAUAAAUGGUGGAGGGCCCUUGUCAGACAUGUUGCCAUCAUCUCUUACCAAGCUGAGCUUUUGCAAUAGUUUCAACAUACCGCUCUACAAGGGUAUACUGCCCGAGACGCUCAAAUGGUUGCGAUUAGGCCGAGUACAGUUUAAUAGAUGUACUACGAUGGGUGAUAGAUUAGAAGAACUAAUCAUUGAGGAUACACUAUUCACUGGAUUCCAAGGACCUCAGCAUAAUGUACCCAUCAAGAAUCUACGAUUGAUAUCCAACUAUCCACUAUCAAGUCUCGUAAAUGAUAUGGAUUUGCAAUCUAUGUCUAAAGUCACAAACAUAUACUUCAAGGGAUCAACAACAUCCAACGGGAAUGGUAAUGAUUAUGUACCACAACUUUACUACAAACUGCGCAAAGUCGAUCAACAAUAUUGUAUAUGUAUCCGUGUCCAAGGAAGCAAGAACAUUCAAUACCAAACCAUCAAUACAUUCGAAGAUGAUUGA